AUGGACCGACUUGCGCCGCCGUUGCAUUUCCGCAACUUUAUAUACAGGUCCGUUCUUCAUGCAAAUCCCGGCGACGGUGCACGCUCUUGUCCGCGCGCCACUCCAGCCGAGCUCGCUGCUCUUCUGAGCUCUGACGGUUUGGAGCCAUCGAAAGACAAGCCUCCGCACUUCUACAGCGCCCAGCUCAUUCACUAUGGUCUACUGGUCACGUCAGAUAUUGACCUUGCGAAGCACCGCCUGCGGAAUGCUCUGCAUCGCUCCGAGCUUGCGGUACCACCAGAGAUCCGGGAGAUCGAGGACAAGAUGAGCGCUCUUUAG